AACAAAAAACAUUCUUUGUUUACAUAUAUUACAGAUCAAAAUACCAGGCUCGAAUAUAGCUUUGUCUUGUGGAGAUAUUGGAUGACACGUGAAAAUUUCAAUUUUAAAUUGGCCAUAACGGAUGGAAAGUAUAUCACUAGUGCAAAAAGAGAAAUUUUUAAUCUACUUACUGGAAAUUCACAAUUAACAUUGGCUGCUAUACUGAAAUUGAUAGAUGAAGACUUCUUCCACCAGUGAAGAAGAAUGGGCAAGAAAGACCACUGCAAAAGCAAAACAGUUCUUGGCAGAAAAAUUGGGCGAUAAUGGGGUAUUAUUUUAUCCUUCAAGUCCAUUAUCCGCCAAUUAUCAUUAUUCUACGUACUUAAGACCCUACAACUUUGGUUAUUGGUGUCUAUUUAAUGUUUUGCGAUUCCCAGUUUGCCAAGUGCCAUUGGGUUUGGACGAAAAUGGUUUGCCAGUCGGUAUUCAGGUAGUAGCAGCUCCUUAUAAUGAUCAUCUAUGCUUUGCGGUGGCCAAAGAACUUGAAGCAACAUUUGGUGGAUGGGUUCCACCAUCAUAAAGUGUGUGUGUAUAUAUAUAUAUUUAAACUCCUAAUUAUAUUAUAAGUUGUCACAAUGUGGAUACAUUAAACAAUGGUUUAAGAAAUUA